GUCAUCUUCACAUUUAAAAUGAUCGUACCAAGUGAAAGUCAUAGCUUGCCAGACUUUUUAUUGUGCUUUCGUCAUGAUCAUUGAACGAUUAAUUCAUGUUCACUAUCGAUAAGUUCACGCAAAGUUUAGCCUCUAGCCUAGGUCAAAGUUAAAUAUAAUGAUACAACAUUAUCAUUUUGAUUGUUAUACGCUUUUAUAGAACAAAUCUCAUAGCUUUCCAUUGAUGGUACAUCCUUAAGAAAUCUGAGAUUCUGGUAGAAGAGCAGAGGACGUGCAGGAUGUAUAUAUAGUGUGGAGGAGACAACACAAAUUUUGCAUCUAGUGUCGAUGGCAGUUGACAAAAAAGCACCUUGAAAAGAACUGUGUGGCUAUUCAACUGGAUUUAUUUUGCCUUUUUGGUAUUAUUAAUUACAUUAUACAAAAAUCAAUGACUAAGUAAUCUGUAAGGAAUAAAGGAAUAACAGUGCAUCUUGCUUUGGAAAGGGUUGGCAUUUACAAUCAAGAAUAAACUGUUCAUUAUUAUAACCAAAAAUCACAAGUUUUGUCAAUGUAUUAUAGUGGUAAUAACCACUAAAAGAAUGUUAUAAAAUAAAAUAAGAGUCCAGCGUUUAAAACAUCAACCACCAAUGGUACAGAAGGCAGCAGUGUUGACUCAGACUGGGGGUGCAGUGACCAUGCGUCCGGAUGGGGGCCCAGCAACUGGAGAACCGGUUGGCGGGUCAUCUGCAACCGGGGUAACCGGACCAGCGAAGCAGGAUGAAAUAGACUCAGAUUUGCCGUCUCAAGACAUGGCUAAGGAGUUUUACGCCAAGUAUGAUCCAAAAGAAGUCCUUGGCAGGGGAAUAAGUAGUACAGUUAGAAAAUGCACAGAAAAAAAUACGGGUAAAGAAUAUGCUGUGAAGAUAAUCGAUAUCAGCGGCGAAAAGACUGACAAUUAUCAGGCGGAACAAACAAAACGUGACACAAUACGAGAGAUUAACAUCCUUCGCAUGUGCAUAAGUCAUCCUCAAAUUAUUGAACUUCAUGACGCCUUUGAAACACCUACCUUUAUUUUCCUAGUCUUCGAAUUGUGCAAACAGGGGGAGCUGUUUGACUACCUCACCCAAGUUGUGACUUUAUCAGAGAAACGUACCAGACUAUUCAUGAAGCAGUUGCUGACAGCUGUGGAGUAUUUACACAGCAAAAACAUUGUCCAUAGAGAUUUAAAGCCAGAAAACAUCCUGUUGGAUGACAACCUCAACCUCAAGGUAUCCGACUUUGGGUUUGCCACGGUGCUGGGUCCUAAUGAGGAACUCUCAGAGCUGUGUGGUACGCCAGGGUACCUAGCGCCGGAGGUCCUGGCAGUGUCCAUGUAUGAUAACGUGCCGGGGUACCGCCAUGAGGUGGACAUGUGGGCGUGUGGUGUCAUCAUGUACACACUCCUGUGUGGGGCGCCCCCAUUCUGGCACCGCAAGCAGAUGCAGAUGCUGAGAAUGAUCAUGCAGGGAAACUACAAGUUUGGCAGUCCGGAAUGGGAUGACAUUACUCAGACUGCAAAAGAUCUGAUCUCCAAGCUAUUGGUGGUGGACCCAAGACAGCGAAUGACGGCCAGACAGACGCUCAAUCACCCUUUCUUCAAGAUAGAGGAGGUGACAUCUGAGAAGAAAUUCUUUGCGAAGCGACAUUUUAAGGCCUCUGUCCACUGUGUUAAGUUCUUCUACAGACUGAAGUUUUUCUUCAAAAACCCACCACCCGUCUCAGCAGAUGUGAUCAAAUCGAACCCUUACAGCAUCAAGUUGUGUCGCAAACUUCUAGACACAUGCGCUUUCAAAAUGUAUGGACACUGGGUGAAGAAAGCAGACAAUCAGAAUCGUGCGGCAUUGUUCGAGCAUGUCUCGCGUGAAGAAUGGCAGAAUGUGUUUCCCAGAUGAUUUCGGUCAUGUGCAUAGUGUUAGAUCAAAUGUGUCUCCUAGGUUUUAGUUAGGAUCAACAAAUUUCCAGUGUGAUUGCGAACCAUUUUCUGAUAAUUUGUAGGGGUGUCUGAACUUCAAGGCAAUUGAUGAUAGAUACUUUUCAAUUUAUUUGUAAUCCAUACAUACACAUGUUGUACAUGUAUCUGUUCAUAGAUUUCCGUCUUAAAUAAGGACAAGAAAUAAACCUAUUACGAAUACACCAAUCUUGUAGAUUAAUUGAUUCGUGUUCUGAGAAAACUGGGCAUAAUGCGUGUGCGUAAAAUGUCGUCCCAGAUUCAAUUGAUGAUUAUAAGACAUCACAACAAAUGUUAUCAACAGUAUAUGCUUCAGUUGUUAAAGGGAAGGUCAAGAGAUACUGGGAUGAAAAAAGAAUAACAUAUGGAAGCCAUUAGUUUCAACAGUUUCCAACGCUGUCAUUGGUGUAGAUGACACCAAUCUGUGUUCAUUUCGAUAUCAUUCAUAUGGUUUCCAGGACGUUGCCGAAUCUUUCAUAUAUAUGUUAAAUUUUUGUGAACUGUGAUAGGAUUUUAAUAUUCACUGUUUAUGUUUUUUUUAUUUGUGCUUUCCUUAAAUUUGUGCUUUUUGGGGAUGUGAAUGUAAUCAUAUAAAAAAAAAAUUGUUAUGAAAAAAAAAUAAUCUAGCACUUUUUCUGAUUAUUUUUUGUUAUACAGGAAAACUGCAAUAACUCGAGGAAGCAUGGGACUGACCUCCAUGCUCGAGUAAUCGCAGGUUUCGUGUAAUCCAUGGUAUUAUUUGUUUUCAUUGUCUCGGUUGAUGAUGCUUAACUCUGACCGCAAACGCUUUAUUUACAUUUAAGACGGUGCUAGAAAAAGAAAAGGCUUUUAUAACAAUCGCUUAAGGUUACAGUAUAAUAAACUAAACAAUAAGGAUGAUCGUAAAUUUAUUUAAUUUAAUCAACAUACAUACAACACAUUAUAUGAUAAAAAAUAUUCAAUCAAUAUUCAAUGUACAUGUAGCAUAUUUAAAAUAGAACACAAGGUACGUACAUGCACAUGAAAAAUUAUCUGAUACGCUCUGUUUUAUACCAUACAUUUUAUCAUAAUUAUCGAUUGCUGGUAAUUAUUUAAUUAUCAUUAAAACUGUGUAGCUUUGAUAUGCAUCUCAAAGGAUGACAAUUUGCAGUGUUUCUCAAACUGCGACUAACUUUACACCUAAUUUAGCGUCUUUUGUCUGCUUGAUUGCGCUGUUUUCACAACUCGAAUAUUUUUAGCACCGACCAGACAAGAAAGUGUCCUCGAAUAAUUGCUUGUUAAUUAGGUGUGAAAUGCCUUUCAGGGACCGGCACACGUCCUCGAGUUAUCGAAAAUCGCAUGUUUGAGUUAUUGCGGGUAUUUUUAUAUAGAAAUUAAAGGAAAAUGAUAGGGACUUCCUUUAAUGCUCGAGUAAUCGCCAGUUUUCGAGAAAUCGCCAGCUCGAGUUAUUGCAAUUCUACUGUACAUUUAAUAAUUAUGAACUUAGAGAGAAUAGUAAUAAGUUUUAAAAUGUGUUUGCUUUCAUUUCUAAAGUAUGUUUAAUUGAAUUCAGUUAGAAGUACAAUAAUUUAUUACAUUCAAGAUAAAAAAUAUGUCCAACUUUAUAAACAUGAACAUCAUGGAAGGAUUAUACAGUUUUAUAAUAUAAUCAUACAACUGUUAUAAAAACAAUUUCCGUCAAAUAUACUAUUCCCAACUUAGUUUUUAGCUACAACUUGAACAAAAAAUAUUAUUUCAUAUGUUUCACAGUUGUCUAUAAUAAUUUUACAAACAAAUAAAAAGGAAGUCACAUUUGCGAUUUGAUAGCCACCAGUUUUAGAGUGUGUGUUACUUGAAAUAACAGUUUUACCAAGUUCUUGAUUUUACGCUGUCAUUGUUGGUUGAUGUAAAAUAUUUUUAUUUUAUUAUUAUUAACUGUGUUUGUUGGAAGCGAUUUUUUAGGAGAAUAAGAUGUUUAAUAUUGGAUCACAAAAUUGAACACAUUUUCAAUUUAGUAAGAGAUAGUUAAUUUAGAAUUAUAGAAUCAUACAAGAGCUGUCUCCAUAGGAAGACAUAUGCCCCCGAAAACACUUUUUGGAAACCUAAACGCAGAUUUUGAAACCUUAAGGCGGACCCUAAGGUCAAGGUCAUAGUGGUCAAAAUUUGUGUACGUAUGGAUAGGCCUUGUCCAUGUACACAUGCAUACCAAAUAUGAAGGUUACAUCUGAAGCGACAUAGAAGUUAUGAGCAUUUUUUGAAACCUAAACGCAAAAGUGUGACAGACAGACGGGCAGUGCGAUCACUAUAUGCCCAAUUUCGGGGGCAUAAAAAGAAAGCAUACAUUAUGACCCACCUCAUGGGAAAAUGGGUCUCAUGCAAUAUUUGACCAGUGCAGCUGAGCCUGCACAUCCGUGUUGUCUUGUCAGUCAGUUGAUAACAUACCGGAAUCAUUUUAUGGAAAUUAGAAAAGUAUACUUUUGUUAGUAAAAGCUUGAAUAUUGAAGUAAAUUUUUCAAAAUUAUGAAAUCUGUGAACAUGUCACUUAGGAGUAAAAAAAGAAAUGUUUUCAAAUAUAGUGUUUUAAUAAAAUGUUAAAUUGUGGUGGAUCUUUUUGUAUGACACUUGAGUAAGAAUUUGAAAACUGUAAUGUUUUCAUGUAUCCUUUGAUGCUUUAUUUGUUUCCUCUUCAAGGUGUUGCUUUUUUCAAGGUUAUCCUUGUUAAUAUGUUUCAUAAAUUUAGAGUGUUUAAGCUACAUGUCCAAUCAAUUAUUUAAGUCAUAUUUAAAUCACAAAAUCAAAAAGAGAGUUAAUUUCUAUUAAACAUGUUUAAAUAAAAUAAUCAGGUAUCAUUUGUUUGUGAGUCAAUAUUCAACUAUUAAAAAUUGUUAGGUUUAGAAACAGAAAACAGCUUAUUGAAACGGGAGGCGAAAAACUACAACGGGCGAGGCUUGUAGUUUUCCGCCUCCCUAUUGAAACUUAAUAAACAAUCUUUAUGUUACUUUACAAGAUGAGAAUAAAUUAUAUCAUUCUAAAAUACUGGGCUAUUACCUGUGUGAAUAAAGGUUUGUAUUGGAGCCUGCUUUUUAUAUGUUAAACAACGUGUGCAACCUAAACCUAUGUUUCAGUAUUAUAUGUUAUGAAGUAUGUGUGUAAUUUAUUAUCAGGGGUGCGAUUUAAGAGAGGUCUGAGUGGAAGAAUACUGAUGAGAUGUGCUUAAAUGGCUGACACUCUUCUUAACCCUUUGCCUUAUAGCUACGUACUUCGAAUUUUGACACAUUAGUAGUAGUCCAAAAGAAAGUUAAAUUUUAUUAAAUACCUUUCUUACUAAGUUCAAGUUUUAAAGGUUUCAUUUCGUACCCUUAAAUACUGAUGAGCAGCAAACAGCAUAAAACUUGGACUGACUGAGAGUUAUUUGCAGGCUGUUUUGGUUUUAUGCCGGUUGCAAACAAGCAUUUUCACUUAGCUGCUCGUGGGGAAAGGGUUAAAAAAGAGACAUAUUAUCACGCAUUAUUACAUGUAUUGAGACUUAAAGAUUUUUAGCAAAAAAUAAGAGAUUUUUUCUGAAAACCUUUUUAUUCAAAUUUGUAUUUCACACUAUGGAUGCAAAUUUAACAAAUGGGGGUGAAUAUCUUAUUGUUUGUCAUUUCGUUUCUUGAUACCUGUGAACACUUCUAACAAUUCCUGCACCAAUGUAUUCAUUAAAGCACACAUUAUUAAAGAAGAACCAACGGUCUCUGUAGUUCAUGAUUUCUUACAUGGAAAACUCUUUACCUUAUUAAAAUUGUCCAUGUGUCAUUGAGCACAUUUUUAUUGCUUUCUGAUUUAAAUGUGAACCCACACAUUAUUAAACACCAAAUAAGAUUGAAAUCUGGAAACUGUAAUAUGUGGAUCAUGUUUCCAGGAUUAUAUUUGGAGAGGUUUCAAAAUCUUAUUCGUUCUGGCCACUGAAAAAAACCUUCAGCUGAAUCGUUGGUAAGUCCAUCAAAUUCAUUUGUUUUAAGUUAUACAUGAAUCUCAGAAAUGUAUUCAUAAUUAAUUUUACAGGGUAGCAUAAUCAGUAUCAUUCUGCAAAAAAAAACGUUUUGAAAGGUUUUACUAUCAUAGCAUGUGAAUGAAAUGUUUAAGAUGAAAAAUUCUUAAAUAAAAAGAUAUACCUGGUAUUUGUUAUUACCAAACAAUUUAUGAUUACAUUAAAACAUUGUUUUGUUUAAAGGUAAAACAAAUAAUUCAGAAGUAUUUUUAUGGCCCCAGUAUGGUGGCAUAUAGCAGUUGAACUGUCCGUCAGUCAGUUUGUCAGUAUGUCAGUCUGUCCUUCCGAAAAAAAAAUUAAAAUUGGCCAUAACUUUUCAAAUAUUGAAGAUAGCACCUUGAUAUUUGGCAUGCAUGUGUAUCUCAUGGAGCUGCACAUUUUGAGUGGUAAAAUUUCAAGGUGAACAUCAUCCUUCAAGGUCUAGGGUGGAAAAAACAAAGUCAAGGGAAGUAAUAAGCUUUAAAUGGACAUAGUUAUCUGACCUGCCCACGUAUAUAUUUUUAUGCCCCCCUUCGAAGAAGAGUGGGUAUAUUGCUUUGCACAUGUUGGUCUGUCGGUCCGUCCACCAGGUGGUUUCCGUAUGAUAACUCAAGAACGCUUAGGCCUAGGAUCAUGAAACUUCAUAGGUACAUUGAUCAUGACUCGCAGAUGACCCCUAUUAAUUUUCAGGUCACUAGGUCAAGGUCACGGUGACCCGAAAUAGUAAAAUGGUUUCCGGAUGAUAACUCAAGAACGCUUAUGCCUAGGAUCAUGAAACUUGAUAGGUAGAUUGAUCAUGACUCGCAGAUGACCCCUAUUGAUUUUCAGGUCACUAGGUAAAAGGUCAAGGUCACGGUGACCCGAAAUAGUAAAAUGGUUUCCGGAUGAUAACUCAAGAGCUUAAGGCCUAGGAUCAUGAAACUUGAUAGGUAGAUUGAUCAUGACUCGCAGAUGACCCCUAUUGAUUUUCAGGUCACUAGGUCAAAGGUCAAGGUCACGGUGACCCGAAAUAGUAAAAUGGUUUCCGGAUGAUAACUCAAGAACGCUUAUGCCUAGGAUCAUGAAACUUCGUAGGUAGAUUGAUCAUCACUUGCAGAUGACCCCUAUAGAUUUUCAGGUCACUAGGUCAAAGGUCAAGGUCACGGUGACCAGAAAUAGUAAAAUGGUUUCCGGUUGAUAACUCAAGAACGCUUAUGCCUAGGAUCACAAAACUUAAUAGGUACAUUGAUCAUGACUCGCAGAUGACCCCUAUUGAUUUUGAGGUCACUAGGUCAAAGGUCAAGGUCACGGUGACCCGAAAUAGUAAAAUGGACUCCGGAUGAUAACUGAUGAACACUUAUUCCUAGGAUCAUGAAACUUCAUAGGUAGAUUGAUCAUGACUCGCAGAUGACCCCUAUUGAUUUUCAGGUCACUAGGUCAAAGGUUAAGGUCACGGUGACCCGAAAUAGUAAAAUUGUGUCCGGAUGAUAAGUCAAGAACGUUUAUGGCUAGGCUCAUGAAACUUCAUAGGUACAUUGAUCAUGACUGGCAGAUGACCCCUAUUGAUUUUCAGGUCACUAGAUCAAAGGUCAAGGUCACAGCGACAAAAAACAUAUUCACACAAUGGCUGUCACUACAACGGAGAGCCCAUAUUUGUUAAAUAAAUCAAAGCGGCGCAGUAGGCGGCAUUGUGUUUCUGACAAACACAUUGUGGUAAAAGGUCAAGGUCAUCCUUAACGGUCUACGGUAAAAAAAUACAGAUUUAAGGGAAGUAAUAAGCUUUAAAAAGGGAGAAAAUUAUUCAAUAUUGAACGUAGCCACUUUAUAUAUUUGGCAUGCAUGUGUAUCUCAUGGAGCUGCACAUUUUGAGUGGUGAACCUACAGUCAUGGUAGUGGCUUUUAAUUAUUUGCUACUUAAAAUAGAGAUUUGUUACAAUUAUUUUCAAGGGAGGUAAUUUAUAUAAUUAUAAAUCUCAUAUUAUAUAUUUCCUUACCAAGAAUUGAAGUUCUUUUCACAGUUACUGUACAGAUUUAUUAUUUUGAUUAUUUAUAACCCAAAUGAUUGAUUUCUCAAUUUCAUUUUUUAAAUGAUAUAAUUAUAAUUUCUUUGAUGUUCAUUACAUAUCUGUCCAUAGAUACAUGAUCAACUCAACAAAAUUAUGAAAAAGAAAAAAAAAACUCAACAAAAAAACAAAAAGAAAAAACAAACUCUUGCUAUGAUCUCUUUUAAACCACAGGCCUUGGUUGUCAGUGAUGUCUGACAUGGUCAUAAUUGACUGUGAGACCCCCCCACCUCGGAUGCAUUGGACAAAAUUCAAGGGAAGUAAUAACCUUUAAAGGGAGGUGAUUUCUAUACCUGCGGUGCAGUAGGGGGCAUUGUGUUAUUGUGACAAACACAUCUCUUGUUUUAAAUUGUAUUAAAAAAAUCCAAGCCUAGCAAUUUUCAGAUUGAUUCAACAAUUCUUGGUCACGUGUAUUUCAGCAUUUUCCACCAUGUCAACACUGUACAUCAUUAAUAACUGUGCAAACUUAUGAAAGUUCUUGUUAUUUGUUGUUUACUGCUGAUGUUGUUUCUGUGAACCAUUGUGUUUAUGCUCCAUUGUCACAUGACAUCUUUCUUGUAUUAAGAAUCCCAAACAAAAAUAAAAUGUGUAAAAUGUU